AUCGCUUCUUGUCUUCGCGUAGCUGCACAGUCAGACGUACUCUUAGGCCCUAUCGGUCAAUUCAAUUAUCUGAACCGAGAUCAUUCGUUCACGAUGGAGACUCUAUACAAGCAACUGAAACAGCUGAUGCGCACGUGUCCGCUCGAGGGUCGGCUCGCGAAAUUCAUCCCGGCUGACGAACUAGAUAAGAUCACGCUUGCACACAUUCAAGCAGGGUUGCCAACGAGAAGACGGUUCUUCUCCUCUUGUAUUUCUGACAAAGUUGCCGCAGAAGCAAAGAGGAUCUUUUGUGUUCUCGUUCUCAUGGAGGAGUCUGCUGCUAUGGAGCAGCUCAUCAACGAAGGCAUCACUGACGAGGACCUACCACUUUGUCGGAACGGCGAUGACAGCGACGACAGUGAGUACAACGUACUCGCUUCUGUGAGUGGUAACAAGAGGUUUCCCUCAUCCAUGUCAUGGGGAGAAGGGGACAAGGUCGACAACUUUCUCAAGAAGCAAUGGGUAGUCCAGGCACCAAUCCUCGACAAACCUGGCUUGCAUUUUGUCCUUGAACCGGAGUGCGCUUUGCCAUUGACAGAAUGUGAAACGGAACUUGCGCAAGGCGGCAUGGGUGUAGUCCACAAGGCUAAGCUACACCCGGCGCAUCAGCACCUCUUUCCGGCAGAUGCCGAGGCCUACGUCGCUAUCAAGGAGUUCCACAAGAAAGAGGACUUUACCAGAGAGAAGAACAACCUUGACAUCAUCCAACGACUACAGAACGGGCACUUGAUCCCCCUGUUAGCUUCCUGCGAAAGGGGUUCUAGUUAUUACCUUCUGUUUCCUUGGGCGAACGGUGGCACGCUGAGAGACUUCUGGGGAGAACAUGACUGCAAACCCAGAACAACAGGCCUCAUUCGAUGGGCCCUUGAGCAAAUUCUAGGUCUUGUCGACGGUAUUCGUGCACUUCACAACCACAACAUUCGUCACGGCGACAUCAAACCACAGAAUAUCCUGGUCUUUGAAGAACACCAAGGAGCCAACCUAGCAACACUGGUUCUCGCAGACAUGGGUGUUUCCAAGUUUCAUAAAGAAGCGACUGACUUGAGAAACUCAGCGACAAUGACAGCGGAAUCGACAGUCUCUUACGAAGCCCCCGAGGCAGACGACGACCAACGGAAUAACAGACCCAGGCCUCGCCGGUAUGACAUGUGGUCUGCGGGCUGCAUGUUUCUCGAAUUCACCGUCUGGCUUGUGUAUGACUUUGCAGCAGUCAACGGAUUCCACAAAAAGAGGAAAGACCAAAACGAUCCAGUUUCGCCAGGCAACUUCUUUUCACGCGAACCGGGCCAAUCUACAGGAAUUCAUCCAGCAGUUACCGAAGCCGUUCGACAUCUACGAGAGCAUCCUCUGUGUAAACACGGGACUGCCCUCGGGGAUCUGGUGACUGUCAUUAACGAUCGUCUUCUUCAGAUUAAGCCUGGAGAUCGCGCCAAAGCGCCAGAGCUAUACGACAGAGUCAAGGCAAUUGUUGAUGCCGCAGCUGCCAAGCCCGAGUACUUGGGUCAAGAGGUGAAGCCGCCUCUGCCUACCCCCGGGUUCUUCAGCCCACCAGGAUCUCGAAAAGGCUCAUCGUCAUAA